AUGAGCCCUGUGUCCACGACACGAAAAUCACCAAGUCUCGCUGGUUCUGACAGCGAGCACGGGCAGAGCCCAACUUCGUUUCCCGCACGCGGAGCAACAUCGGACAGUGCGUCCGCAGCACCGGGAGAUGUACAUCCUAUGCUCGAUGAGCAUGAUCGUCGCGCUUUGCGCACGUUAUCAAUGACGAGUGACCUCGUUAAGGAUGUGGAGGUGGUCGACUACAAAUCUGACACUCCUUUUCCCGCGUGGGAUGACGAGGAAGGCGAGCUGCACCAGCAGCGCAAUACGAGCCCUGUUCGCGCCUUGCAGGCCCCAUGUCUGUUCCCUGACAUCUCGUUAACCGAGGAACGUGGUGUAAUUACCAAUGACCUCGACGGGGCUCAGAGGCGGCAGCUUGAGGCUGCCCAAAAGGCGGCUCCGAUGCGCGCCCAUCCACCACCGGUCUUUGACCCUCGCGUGGGAUAUGGCUUCCGCCCAGCGAAUCCAGCUGUGGAAGCGAAGAACGCGGUAACUUGA